CCAGUCCAGACUGUGUUUUGCUGCAGUGAGCGGCAGCCGUGUGCAGAGAAGCGCGUGAAAAGGGGGGGGGGGAGUGAAAACAACAACAACAACAACAACAACAACACACGCAACAACAAGAAGGAGGAGGUUAAAAAGAAGAAGCGAGUAGGAAAAAGAGAAGUGGAGUAGGAGAAGAAGACGCAAAGGAGAGAGAGAGAGAGAGCGUCACGCGGGAGGGAAACGCGAACAGCGGACCUAAGUGGAGACAACGAGAGGCGGAACGUAACGGUAACUUCCAUCGGGACCUCUCCCAUCACUUCCUCCUUUGAGCUCUCCCCCUGGCCCACAAUUGGAAGCCAACGAGCGGGAUAUCCGAGCGACUGAGCAUGGCUUUCCCAUCAGCUCCGUUAUGGAUUGUCGGCGUAAUGACGCUACACUGUGCGGUUCGCAGCAACGUCGUUUUUGAUGACGACCCGCUGCAGCCCGUCACCUCGGACGAGACGGUUUCGGUGGGCGGAGCCGUCACGCUGACCUGCCGUGUUGCCGAGAGCGACAACUCGUCACUGCAGUGGUCCAACACGGCGCAGCAGACGCUCUACUUCGGCGAGAAGAGAGCGCUGCGAGACAACCGCAUCCAGCUGCACCGCUCCACGCCCACCGAGCUGUCCAUCAUCAUCUCUGAGGUGCAGCUGUCCGACGAGGGCGAGUACACCUGCUCCAUCUUCACCAUGCCCGUGCGCACCGCCCGUGCCACCGUCACUGUGCUAGGUGUUCCCGGUAAACCUCACAUCUCUGGCUUGGAGGAGCCCGUGCAGGAGGGCGGCACGGUCACCCUGACCUGCACCAGCACGGGCAGCAAGCCCCCCGCCAGGCUAAGAUGGUUCCGUGGGGACCUGGAACUCGAAGGCCGGCCAGACGUGGUGGAGUCGGUUCCGGAUGAGCCCACGUACAACGUGAGCAGCGAGCUGACGCUGGAGGUGAGCCGUGCCGACGACACCCAGGUGGUUACCUGCGCCGUGGACCACCCGUCGCUCGCCCCGGGUGACAAGAGAAGCGAGCAGUCCCUCCAAGUCUUGUAUUCCCCGAACGUUCAGAUCCUGCCCGAGAGCGAUUUACCUCGCGAGGGGGAGAAGUUUCACCUCGAGUGUUUGGGCAAUAGCAACCCUGAGCCGACAUCCUACAUUUGGGAGAAGAAGGACGGAGAGCUCCCUCCACUGGCCAAGGCCGAGGGCACUUUCCUGCGCUUCGAGGCGCUCAACAAGUCGGACAACGGCGUGUAUCUUUGCUUUGCAGACAACGGCAUAGGGAGCAGCGUCGGCGAGUACGCGCUGCUGGUGCAAGAUCCCAACGAACCCAUGGACUCCACAAGCUCUCCUCUUACUUCUACGCCCACGUUUUCUUCCCUGGUGACCGAUCCCACUUCCUCCCCUCCUGAACUUUCCUCCACUGGGUCCCCAUCUGAAACGCCGCCCACCGCCAGCACAACCGUUACUACUGCUGCCUCUACCGCACUUUCCAAUGACCUUUUCCCCGACUUGACUGUCAACCCUGACUCCUCUCCAUCGCCUUCACCUUUUUCCCCUUCCUCCCUGACUCCCUCAGUUUCCGACAGGCCGACCGGACAUGAGACCCUCACAGAUGCUGCAGAAAAUAUUGCAGACCCCACAGCCAUGUCGACGUCGUCAGGCGUGGACCACGCGGUGAUCGGCGGCGUGGUGGCCGUCAUCGUCUUCAUCCUGUUGUGCCUCCUCAUCGUCCUUGGGAGGUACCUCAUCAGACACAAAGGAACUUAUUUGACCCACGAAGCCAAAGGCUCAGACGAUGCCCCCGACGCUGACACGGCCAUCAUCAACGCCGAGGGUGGAAACUCCGGCGCCGAGGACAAGAAGGAGUACUUCAUCUAGGGAGGAAGAAGAUAAGGGAGGAGGAGAAGGAGGAAAGAACAAUCUUUUAUUUUGUUUUCACCACACUCAGUUGGUAGAGAGAGGAGGAAAGUAGGGGGGUGAGGACUUUGUUUGCAUCGAUACAGGGAUGUGAGAUUUGCACUGACACACAUACACACACAUACACACACACAACAUACGCGCACACAACGACUUACUAACAUUUUAUUGCUACGUUUUGAUCCCGGCGUUCCGUUUUCUAACCAGCUCCAAAAUUGUAACUCACAUUCCGACUACCUUCACGAGCCUCUUCCCACAUUAACCCCACACCCACUCCGAGAAAAUCCUUAACUACCUGCAUCCCCCCCCCCCCCAAAAAAAAAUGGUACGAGCCACCGUGCUUCCCCCCCCAGCCGUCGGCCCCUCCACCAACACUACACACAUGUAUACGUAUAAAUAUAUAUAUAAAUAUAUGUAUAAAUAUAAGCAUUCUUUUUACUGGACGGAACUGGUGUCGGGUGUGUGCGCUGUAAAUACAAAAAGGGGAAAAGGAAGAAAAAAAAACACUCUCCUCGUUAAUGUAUCUCACCUCCUUCAAUACUCUUAUUGCCUGUUUUUAUUACAUGCGUGCAGAGUAUCUGAAAAGGGAAAAAAUUGAAAAUAAAUGUAACAAUAAUAAUGAGUACCAACAAUGGCAUUGCAAUGUAAACUAACUUCAAAUGCAAAUAUUUGUAUUGUUUUGUUCUUGUUGUAAUUAAUUAUUUUUGUUUGUUUUUUACGAAGGAGGGUUGGGGCCUCACUGAAAGGAAAAAUUAUAUAAUUCUGCUGUGAAAAUAAAGUCUGACAUUUUCAAGAAAAAGUUGUAAUUUUGGGGGAAGAUAAAAUAUUACAAAAUUAAAGCACAUUAAAAAAAUACAUGAACAAAAUUGUAUUGUUCUGAGAAUAAAAUCUAGAAAAAAAUAUUAUUCUUUUAACCCCAGGGGGAAAAAAACAACUUCAUACUCCAAAAAUAGGAAUAAAGUUGUAACUCUUUCCGAUAAAAUGAAUUUCAAAAAACAACAAAUACAAAACAAAAAAUGCAUAAAUAUGUAUUUUUUAAAUAAAGUUAUUUCCAUUUAAAUUGUAAUUUGACAUUUCUUUUACCAAAAUUAAAUGUGAUUCAAUUUAGAAUAUGUGUGUAUAUAUAUAUAUAUAUAUAUAUAUAUAUAUACACACACACACACACACACACACACACACACAACAAGAAACAAAGCAAAAAAUGUUUUAAAGAGAUGAAAAGUUCAUAUCCAUAAAAAUCUUAUUUUUUAAUUCCAAUUUACAAUAUACACUUGUUCUCAAUAACUUUAUUCUCGUAAUAUUAUGAUGAUUUCUAUAAAAUAAAAAAACAAGACUAUCUCAAAUAGAAUAUAAAUAAUUUCAUAAUCUUUUGAGAAUGAAGUAAUACAUUUUAGAGAAAAGAUUUUAAUAGAAUGUAAUAAAAUAGCAUUUGUCUCAAGAAAAAAUACAACUUUUCCUUUGGGAAAAAAAAACCAUGACUUUAUAUCCUGAGAUAUAUUUUUCUCUUUUCAGUGUGGCCAUUACACCCUUAAAACAUUUUCAGGAUGUGUGAGAGUUGCGUCUUUUUUUUUUUCUUUCUUUUUUUUGGUCAAGUGUUUACAGUCUUCACUUCGCCCAAAUAAACCAAACUGUAGCGAAAAAUUCACUCAUUCAUUUACUUGCAUUAAACCAGGGGUGUCUAAACCGGAUAUUAUACGUACAUGAUGCACAAUAGAAACAAUCAUAGAGAUUUCAAAAUCAUCCACACAGUCAAAAAGCAUCCAACACAUGCUUGGUCACACACAGGCAGAUAUGACUGCCUGUAAUACAAUUUUUCCUUCAGUGUUAUUCAUCAUAACCGACACUUUGCACAAUAGAAAUAAACAGAAUGACUAGAAAUAAUCCACAGAGUUAAAAAAAAAAAAAAAAAAAGUUUGAUUGUAGACAAGUCACAUGAUUAUGCAAUCGCAACUCUGGCAAUUCAUGAGCACCACCACCUGGCACAAUAGAAAUAAACUGAGGGACUAGUUGUAAUUCACAGAGUAAAGAAACAAGUCCACCAUACACUUCAUCACACACAGGCAGAUACACACGCCUCCUGUAACUAUCUCUUUCCCUCAAAAUUACUAUGAUAACUAAAAUAACCACUACCUUGUACAAUAGAAAUUAACUGAACCAUGAGAAAUAAUCCACAAAGUGAAAAAAAAAGUCACACGGGCAUAUCCAUGAACAAUAUCAUAUCAUUAAUUUGAUGGGUCCUUUUGCCUUUUGUUCCUGAUGACCGCCACCUUGCGCAAUAGAAAUAACCAGAACCAUUUUAAAUAAUCCACAGAGUAAAGAACAAAAGAGGAUCAUACCACACUUUGUCAUGCACAGGAAGAUGCAUGACCCUUUAAUAUGAUCUUUCCUCGUUAAUUAUUCAUAAUAACCACUAUCUUCCACAAUAGAAAUAAACUGAACCACUACAAAUAAAAGUAAAAAAGGUUGCACAGCCAUAUUUGUGCGCAUUAUAGGCGCAUCAUAUCAUUAAAUUAAUUGCUCCUCUUGCCAGUUAUUACUUAUAACUGUCACCUUGCAAAAUUUAAAUAACCAGAAGCACUUGAAAUAAUCCACAGAGUGAAAAACAAAUCCACACUUUGCUUUGUCAUGCACAGGAAGAUGCAUUCCCCUUGUAUGUUUCUUGUUAAUUAUUCAUGAUAACCACUACCUUGCACAAUAGAAAUAAACUGAACCACUUCAAAUAAUCCAAAAAUAAAAAAAAAACUUUGUAUAGUCAUGCAAUAUAGACAUACCAUAUGAUCAAUGUGAUCGCUCUCGUGACACUUAUUCCUGAUAACCACCACCUUGCGCAAUAGGAAUAAUCAGACACACUCAAAAUAAUCCACAGAGUAAAGUCCACAACACACUUAGUUACACACAAGCAAACCGUAUUCCUCCUGUAAUAUGAUCUUUCCUUGACAGUUACUCAUGAUAACCACUACCUUGCACGGUGGAAAUAACUGAGCUACUUGAAAUAAUCUAAUCCACAUUGUCAAAAAACAAGUUCAGGCAACACUUGGUUAUGGAGGCGGAUUGUGUGCCCCUUUAAUGUGUUCUUUCCUUGUAAAUUAAUCAUGAUAACCACUACCUUGCACAAUAUAAAUAAACUUGAACCACUAGAAAUAAUUCAUAUAGUCAAAACAAAGUCAUAUAGUCAAAACAAAGUCCACAACAGGUUAUAUAUUGGUUAUAAUUCUCUCUUUGCCAGUCACUUCAACCACUUCAAAUAAUCCACAUUCACAAAUCCUAGACUUUAAACACCCUUGUUUUAAGAUCAUUGUUACACCCCGGCGAAAGAUUCCCGUAAAUGGGGAAUGUUGGCUCGGGCCCACAUGUGGAAACGGAUGGCAAUCUGGCUAAGAGGUUGCGGGCACCUCAUCCCGACCUUGCAGCGGGCUCUGUGCCAACCCUGCACUCCGAGCCCCAAAGUCACUGAACAACUUUAAUGACCUCGUCUUCUUCUUCUUCUGGCCGAUGCGCUCGUCCAUUUCUUUUCAUUCUUUAAUCAAUCAGCCCCGUCUGCGUCCUCAUCUACCUUCUUGCCCCCUCACCCGCACUCUCUAUAUAUGUGAUUGAUGUGCCAUUUCCUGGCAGGAUGCCGCCCCUCCUCUUUAUAAACUCUACUGUGGACAAAGGUAUUGGGACACCUUUUCUUUUUUUUUUGGUUUUCAUUUUUUGGGGGACAAUUUUAAGAUACUGUAAAGGCAUGCUUGAGCGAGUUUAGUGUGGAAGAAAAAGCUAAAAUAAUUCACAUCACAUCUUGUAGAAAGUCUUCUGGAGAGAGGUGAAGCGUCACAGUGCAAUCGUCACAGUGUGGCAAUACAUUUGGCCACAUUUGUCUUUACUUUUUCACUUCCACAUUUUCACAAGGUCCAAAUGCUUUUGUCCAAGCUCCACAUUUUCACUUCUUGUAGGUGUCACUUUUCCUCUUGAAGAGUGCAUCCAAAAAUCCACAUUUUCUUCAAUUUGGUGUCCCAAUACCUUUGUCCAAAUUCCACAUUUUUCACAUCCUGUAAGUGUCCCAAUACGUUUGUACAAGCGCCACAUUUUCACUGUCACUUCCUGUAGGGGGUCCCAACGCGUUUGUCCAAAUUCCACAUUUUCUUCAACUUGGUGUCCCAAUAGUUUUGUCCACACUCCUCAUUUUUCACAAUGUCAUUUCCUUUACUUCUGUCCAACCUGCGCAUUUUCUUCAAGUUGCUGCCCCAAUAUUUGUUCCCAAAUUCCACAUGUUGAUGUUGUGUAGGUGUCCCUAUACUUCUGCGCAAAUUCCUGUCCCAUUACUUUUGACCAAGCGCCACAUUUUCAGAUCGUCACUUCCUGUAGGUGUCCAAAUACAUUUGUCCACGUUCCACAUUUUCACAGUGUCACUUCCAGUGGGUGUCCCAAUACUUUUCACCAUAUGGUGGUUGUAUUUUUUUUGUUCAGGGAUUCUUUUUUCAUUUUCCAGUAACCCUCAUUUCCCCCUUUUCUCGUUAGCCCCUUUCACACUGUCUGCCAAAGUGUUUGCAGUUUUCCAAGUAAAAGGUAUCACUGACUGCGAAUUUUCAAGCUUUGGGGAUAGUAUCAGAGGCGUAACAGAGGCGGGACCGCGACUAUGUGAAAUGAAAUUCUGCAGGGAUGUUGAAAGCAAUGCUGCCGUUACUGUGUUCCGUGUGAAAGCCAGCUUUUUCCGAGUCUCAGUGUUUUUCUGUGUGAAAGCUACCAACGUAGACUGCUCAUUUCCUAACUGCCUGUCAACGCUGGCUUUUUUUCCCGUGGGUUUGCUGUUUUCUGUUUGAAAACUACUGACACCUACCACUGAUUUCCUGGCUUUGGAGGUAGUACCAUAGGCGGAAUGCUGCUUUUGUGAAAGAGUAUACCGUAGGCGAAAUGGAUGCUGUGUUUAUGUGUGAAAUCACACAGUUGCCCUGCAAUUUCCCACAUUCACAUGAAACCAAGGAAAGCUCCCCGUGUUUGCUGUUUUCUGUGUGAAAAUGGACCGCUAAUUUCCAGCUUCAGCGGUACAAUCACAGGCGUUACAGAUGGCGACUGUGUAAAAUGGAUGCUGUGUUACUGUAUAAAAGUGCAGACAGUUGAAAUUUCACACGAAACCCAGGCAAGAUCACAGUGCUUGCUGUUUUUGGUGUUACCAACACAGGCUGCGAAAUUCCCAGCUGCCUGCCAAAACUGGCAUUUUUUUUCACCUCUUGUUUUCUGUGUGAAAGGUAACAACACAACUGCAGAUUUUCAGACUGCCUGUCAAUGCUGUUUUUUUUUUUUUUUACCCAUGUUUGCUGUUUUCACUGUGAAAGGCACCGUCAGUGAAUGUUUAUUUCCCAGCUGCCUGCCAAUGCCGGCUUUUCCUCUGUGUUUGCUGUUUUCAAUGGGAAAGCUAGGACACAAACUGCAAAUUUCCCGAAUGGCUGUCAACGUCGUUUUUUUGCCCUAGCCUACCUAGCGUGCUAACAUAUAUUAAGCUAACCACUACAACCAAGGCAUACAAAGUCAAAAUUCAGGCGAUUUGUAGCAAUUUAAGCAGAAUGUGACGAGAACUGACUUUAUUUUUUUCCCAACUUCGCUGGCAUCUGCAGACCAGAGGAGCCGCUGUUGUCCCACGCCCGAGUUGAAACGCCAAGAAGAAGAAUUAGCUGCGUCUUGCUACCCAAAAGAAAGUGUCGUUUUGCAAUAUGUAUAUAUAUAUAUAUAUAUAUAUAUAUAUAUAUAUAUAUAUAUAACACAGCAGACUUAUAUUUGCCUGUAAUCAGUCGUCCUGUCUUUUGUCUUAGCUUAUGUGCUAGCAUGUAGCUUGCAUGAGAACCAGUGGGGUGGUGUGUAGUGUAGCGUGUGCGGGACCAAAUUUACACCGUCCUUUGGUCUGCAGACGCAGUUCUGAAAAUAAGUGGUUGUUGUUUUUUUUUUAGCAUUACAUUAUGUCAUACAAUCAAUAAUCAUUCCUUUUAUCUUGUUUUGUUGUUGUUUAGAUGUUUCGAAACUUGUACGUAGACUUUUUUUUUGUAUAUAGUAUUUCAUAUCAUGACGUAUGUUGAUUGGAUGAAUGAUGAUGAUGUCACCAAACCGCAUGCUGUGGUUGGCUCUUGUGUUCAAAUUGUACUUAUUUUACUUUUUUUUCUUUAGUUGCUUUUUUGUUUGUUAAAAUUACAGUUUUUGGUUGUUGACUUCAAUAAAGAUGCAGUUGGGUUGAUUUCA